GUUCCAUCGAAAGCAUAGGAGAGGAAUAAGGAUCUAGGGUUCUUCCUCCACUUUGUUCAGGUGCGCCCGACUCCUAACACCUUCUCCUUUCUUCGCCUUGCACCGCACAAUCAAAUUCAUCGAAGAACUUCACGCUCUUUUUUUUUUUUUUUUCUUUCGGGUUCCAAAAUCCGUUGUAUGUGUGUGUUUUUACCGAGAUUCUUUUUUAGAUCUUUGAAGUUUGAAAAUUUCUUGACAAAAAUAGAAUUGUACGUUUGUUGCGUGAUUCUGCUCUUUUUUUUUUCUUUUUUUUUUUUAACUAUUUCUCAGCUGGGAGGAGGUUUGAAUUAAUCUUGAUUUGGAUUCAUUGUUUGGAUUAUGCUUCUUUUGUACUGUAAUAGCUGAUUACCUGCUUUUGCGAGAAUUUAAUUAGGUGAUUGUAUUGUGAUAUGCUGUUCCUGAGGUUUCAAUAUGGUGUCUAUUAAUUAGCUAGCUGCAGAGUGUUUUUUUUUUUCUUUUGGGAUAACUCCUUCAAUUUUGGUUCUUUUGGUUUUUAAUUCUUGGAAUAUAUCUGGUGAAACAGGGCCUUGAUAAUUGAAAGUUUGCUCAAUUUCUACCGCCGGAGAAGAUGCCGCGAUAUGAUGAUGGUGGUUAUGGUACUACCAGGCUCUAUGUUGGCCGACUUUCCUCCAGGACUCGUUCACGUGAUCUGGAGGACAUCUUCAGCCGAUAUGGAAGGUUUCUGGGCUUUUUGCCCAACCUGGAGGUCUAUGGUGAGAGGUUGCCCUUGGUGGAAUUGGCCCAAUGUCUUGCAGAAUAGAUAGGGGACUUUGGCGAUUCUGUCUAUAUUCUUAUUACAAUUUUUUUUGAUGGAAAUGGCAACAAUCUCAAACUGGUGUUAUAGUUCAUCUUUGAGGGGCAAGAAAGAGUAUCAACUUUUCAGUUCUAAUGUCUUGAUGGCCUUACUGUUUCUGGCACCCAUUUACGCAGAGUACGAGAUGUGGACAUGAAGCGUGAUUAUGCCUUCGUGGUACGCCUUUCUACUAUUUUUAUUCGUCAUUAUGCAAUUAUUUUGUAAAUGAGAGGAACUUCGUCUUUGUACCUGUGUAAAGACGUGUUUCUUGCAACCUAUCAAUGUGCUGUUGGGUGCAGGAAUUUAGCGACCCUAGAGAUGCUGAUGAUGCACGAUAUCGCUUGAAUGGGCGUGAAGUUGAUGGUAGUCGUAUUAUUGUGGAGUUUGCAAAGGGAGUGCCACGUGGUCCUGGUGGGUCCCGUGAAUAUCUCGGCAGGGGACCCCCUCCUGGAACUGGGCGUUGCUUCAAUUGUGGACUCGAUGGCCACUGGGCUCGAGAUUGCAAGGCUGGUGAUUGGAAGAAUAAGUGCUAUCGAUGCGGUGAACGAGGCCACAUAGAGAGGAAUUGCCAGAACAGUCCUCAAAAGCUGAAACGUGGACACAGUUACUCCCGUUCACCGUCCCCUCGACGUGACAGAAGCAGGCGCAGUUACACUAGGAGCCGAAGUUACAGCCGAUCUAGGUCUCCAGUAAGAAGGGAGCGUAGCAUUGAACAUGAGGAAAGAAGAUCUAGGAGCCCCAAGCGUCAUAUGGCAUCAUCUCCACUACCAUCCAGGGGAGGAAGGAAUCGCACUCCAACUCCUGAUGAUAGAAGCCCAAGAGAGAGGCGUUCACCCUCACCAAGGGAUGAGAGGCCUGCAAAUGGAUCAGAAUACAGUAGGAGCCCGGUGAGGAGCAGGAGUCCCAAAGAUGGUGCUCAAAGGGAUGAUGAUAUCAGGGGCAGGAGCCCUCGUGAAGAAAAUGGCCGCAGCCGCAGCCGUAGCCCCAUUCCUAGGGACAAUGGAAGCCCAGUCGAUGAUUACGAAAAUGAAAACAAUGGGUCACCCAGGGGCAGUGAAUGAGAUUAGGAGCAUCGUGUAUCGUAACUCUGUUAGUUGAUGGUAAACUAUUUCGGAUUCUACGUGUGUUCUGGCUUUCAAAUACCUUUAAUAUUCUGCCAUAUGUUAAGAUUCUGUAACUGCUAGAAUCGAGGCAUUACUGAAACUAUUUUGUUCGUGCCAUUACCUAUCACCUAGUAUUCGUUUUUCCCGGUCAAAUUUUGUUCCGUUAAGCACAACUUACGUUCAGAUUUGUUCUGUUCACAAUUUACCAUCUUCUGGAACGGGUUGGUAUCUUCAUUUUGCUUUUUCUCCUUUCUUGCUAAUAAAGCAGAGACGCCUAGCAUCAGAAAG